CUCUCUCUCUAGUUAGAAACCCUAAACAGGACAGGGAUCUCUUCAAUCCGAAUGUGCAACCAUGGUUGGGACCUCCCGAAGACACAUUCUCUCAACCCUAAUUCCUCACUUGCGCCAACAUUUUGCUCUUCAAACCCCCCCUUCCAAUGCAUUUUCCACUUCAACUAUCCAACGCAAGUCCCCAUUUGAAUCAAAUCUUGUUCGCAUGCUUACCAGCGAGAUCGAAUUCGACUCAGAAUACGCCCCUCCCCAUCAGACUGAGAAAAAAUUCAAUGCAUUUAUGGUGGAAGAUAGACCUGGAGGGCAGUUUGUUACCUUAAGGGGGAGGUCUACAAUUGAUGAAAACAUUAAAAUUGAAGCUACAAUGUUUGAUGGUGUAUCUCCUAACAUGGAUGAAGAUGAUAACGAGCCCAAUGCCCAACUUCACAUUAGUUUACUAGUAGAUAUAUUUAAGGGUGAAGGAGGUGACAUGCUGGAGUUUGUAUGCUCAGCAUGGCCUCAACGUUUGGAGAUUCAAAAGCUUUAUGUAAUUCGGCCAGGUGGAACUUUAUCUCGUCCCUAUAUCGGUCCUGAUUUCAGGGGAUGCCUCAUGUACGUGGGCAGAUUUGUGCGUCGGCAGGUUGUACAUGUAGCUUUUAAGGGUUUUGGACAAAAAGCUUCAGAGUGCAAUGUACAAGUACCUCAAUGCAAGGGGAGUAAACAACGACCUUUGUUUAUUCUUACAUCGUUAUGUCUGGAACAAGGAUAAAAUUGAACAUAUUCAACGCUUGAAGCUUCUCAAAUCCUAUGUUGAGAAAUAAGUUUUCCUACUGCCAUUUCUAAGAGGCGCUAUUACUCAAUAUUUCAAGGAUUUAUCUUUAUUAAUUCAAUACCUGGUUUUUUGUUAUUUAAAUGAUGUAUAUAUCUUGAAUAAGCAUACAUACACUAACCGAUCUUGAAAUGAGAUUUUUUUUUUUUUUUU